AUGGAGACACAACACAAACGAGGAGAAAAACCUCCUGGGUUAUGGAGACACAACACAAACGAGGAGAAAAACCGCCUGGGUUAUGGAGACACAACACAAACGAGGAGAAAAACCGCUUGGGUUAUGGAGACACAACACAAACGAGGAGAAAAACCGCAUGGGUUAUGGAGACACAACACAAACGAGGAGAAAAACCGCCUGGGUUAUGGAGACACAACACAAACGAGGAGAAAAACCGCCUGGGUUAUGGAGACACAACACAAACGAGGAGAAAAACCGUAUGGGUUAUGGAGACACAACACAAACGAGGAGAAAAACCGCAUGGGUUAUGGAGACACCAUCAUCACCGGGAGCUUCUUCUUCACUACCGGAUAUGUACAUUACACAGCACAUCAGAUCAACACACAUCCUCACACUCAUACCCACACACCCACACCCACACACUCACACCCAGUCACACCAACACCCACACCCACACCCACCAACACACCCACACCUACACACGCACCCACAUCCACACCCACACGCACCCACACCCGCACUCACACCCACCAACAUCCACCAACACCCACACCCACCCACACACACACCAACACACCCACCAACACCCACACCCACACACAACCAUCCACACUCACCCAAAAUAUAAAUGUUUGCAAAAUUCCAGAUGAAGUUUCUACAUCAACCGCUUUACGAGUUCUUCAGACUUCAUCGGGAUAA